AUGAGCACAUCCGAAACACAGGCAACCUCGAACCCCAUCGAACCAUUCCAUGUCAAUAUUCCACAAUCGGCUCUUGACGAUUUAAAACUUCGUCUUGAUCUAGUCCGUUGGCCUGAGCGUGAGACUGUAACUGAUUGGUCACAAGGUGUGCCUCUUGCCAAAGCUCGAGCACUGAUCGAUUAUUGGCGUACGAAAUACGAUUGGCGUCGUUUUGAGAGUGAAAUUAAUAAAUUACCUCAUUUUCGAACAACAAUUGAUGGUCUUGGCAUUCAUUUUAUUCAUGUUAAAUCAAAGCAUGAAAAUGCUCUACCAUUACUCCUCACGCACGGAUGGCCUGGUUCAUUCAUCGAAUUUAUUCGUACAAUCCCGUUACUCACUGAUCCCACGGCAUUUGGAGGCAAAGCUGAAGAUGCUUUUCAUGUGGUAAUUCCUUCUCUUCCUGGAUAUGCAUUCAGCGAUAAGCCGACAGAAACUGGUUGGAAUAUCGAGCGUAUUGCUAAGGCAUGGAUUGUACUUAUGGAACGUCUUGACUACAAACACUGGGUUGCUCAAGGUGGUGAUUGGGGAGCUGUCAUAACAACAAUCCUUGGUCAAAUACAUCCACCAGGACUUCUUGCCAUUCAUCUCAAUUUACCAAUCGUUUUUCCUGAGAAAAUACCUGAAACACUGUCGCAUGACGAACAACGUGCAGUAGAUGCUGCUAAUAAAUUUAGUACAGAUGGAUCAGGAUACUCUCAGGAACACUCGACAAGGCCACAGACAAUUGGCUAUGCACUUUGUGACUCACCGGUCGCUUUAGCAAUGUGGAUAUACGAGAAAUUUUAUGAAUGGACAGAUAAUAAUGGUAAUCCCGAGGAUGCUCUUGAACACGAUGAAAUGCUGGACAAUAUUACUCUGUAUUGGAUGACGAAUACUGGCGCAUCAUCGGUUCGCCUCUAUUGGGAACGUCGAAGAACCGGAGGAGUGCGUUUUUUAGGCCCAAAACUUGAUUUACCUGUCGCUGCCAGCAUCUUUCCACGUGAAAUCUAUCGAGCACCUAAAAGUUGGGCUGAACAAAAAUAUUCGAAUUUAAUCUAUUGGAAAGAACAUGAGAAAGGAGGACAUUUUGCAGCCUUCCAACAUCCUGAACUUUUCACUGAUGAUUUACGUGCUGCGUUUCGUACUAUUCGACGUACUUGA